AUGACGAGAUCGGAAAUCAACGCAACGGAAUACGCGUCCAAGUCAUCCGGCGUGCAAAAGACUCGGACACCUCCGAGGGCCAUCCCGACCCCUUCUUCCUCCUCAGCUUCCCAGUCAAGCCCACACGUGGUCGCUCAGUCCAUAGAGUCAGGGUCGGCGUCUCCUGAGAUCUCGGAGCCAUGGGCUUCAAGUACCCCGGCCCCGUUCAACUCCGACACCUCCAACACUCCAGCUCCCGGCCAUGUUGUGUGCCAGCCCUUCCACAGGGCAGCUUCUGCGCCUCUACUGGACUGUGAACGUGCUCCAGAGGUGCGGAAGAAUGCAGGCUUCCUCGGCCCAAACUCGUAUUCAAACAUCUUGUCCGAAGGCCUGUGCAUCCUGGAGCCCGUUUCCACAGACUUGGAUGCAACCAUUGGUACACAGCAGCAAAGAAUCCAUAUCAGUAAUGAGAGGAUAACACAGGGGUGCAAGGUGCUUGCAUUCUUCAGGCGCAAGUCCAUGAUCCACCGAUUCAUCGCACGGUGGUAUGAAGUCUGUGAGGGCACACAAGGCAUUGUCAUCGAGGCCGUCAUGAAAGAGUGGCUGGCAAAGAUCUGGCUCGACCAUGGAGCCACCCUUACAAGCCAGGAGCCGGCCAAGAUACGAAAACUAAGCGAGCUGAUCUGGCGUAACACCUUGACGCCAUUGGUGUUCAAUGGAAAGACGACCGCCUUGGAAUGGGCACGUCUGGCCACCGGUCCAGGCCUCCGCUGGGAAACCUUGGGGUUGAUUGCCGUCAACAUCGGUCUUUGUGCAAUCGAGACGUCCGAGUCCGACCAGCUGUUCGUUGAAGGUGAAGUGACACGCCUGUGCCUGAUAAAUCUCAUGAAGCAGAUCUCAGAAGACUGCCUGGGCUUCUGUCGGUAUUGUGAAGUGCUUGAUGAUUUGUUUAUCUGGCUGUUGGGCGAGGACUCGGCCCUUGUGGGUGCCGUCAAGGGAGACAGAGAUUACUCCACGUACAGGGCGACAGGCGAGGCGCAUAGCGCAGUCAUCGCCAUGGGUCUGCACCAAGGCAUCAAAGCCGACGAAAACGUGCCGUUCUUCCUCGCCGAGAUGCGCAAACGCGUCUUUGUCUGCGCCUACUUCCAGGAGAUCAGCGUCGCCUCAUUCCUCGGCCGCCCGCCGCGGCUGUCGUACCGCUAUUGUACGAUUGAUCCACCCCUGGACCUGACAGAGAGACAACUCGUACAAACGGGACCUGAGCUCGAAGCCGCACUCGCAUCCCUCGACAAAGACGGGUACAAUACAGCCGGUCACUUGCAACACGCCGGGUGGACUCGUUCCUACGCCAACUGCGCCAUGCGCCGCGAGGAUGUCAUCGACCUUGCCCUCGGACACUACACACGCGACGAAGUUCUUGACCGAGCCAAGAUCAUACAGGAGAAGCACGACGCACACUGGUCUUCGCUUCCACCUUUCCUGUCCAAGCGAUCCAGGGAGCCGUUCGACUUCACCGACCCCGCAAUGGCCAAGCCGCUCCACGCCCUGCAAAUAAUGGUCCUGCGCAACGGGCGGCGCUCCAACGAGCUCCUGCUACAGCGAGUCCUGAUCCGGAAGACGGGAGCCACGCCCGAAAAGCUGAUAGCGACCGCGCUGGACAUCUUCAAGGACGUCCUGCAGAUCACGCACCGCCACGACAUCGCGACAAUGUUCAAGACGAGCUUCAGCUUCAUCAUGAGCUCCCACGGCCUCCGGAGCGCCGCCAUCGUGGCCAUCGAGCUGCUCAAGCAGGAGAUGCUGCCCCAGUACCCGGAGCGCCCCCUGCUCCCGCGCAGCCAGACGAUCCAGGACCUGGCCAUCUUCGCGUCCCGCCUCGGGUCGGUCCAGCCCACCGAUGGGUGCUACAGCGUGUGCGAGCAGGGAAAGAGGGUCAUCACCAAGAUCCUCGACAGGAUCCUCAGCCCCGGCCCGCCUGUCGUGCUGCAGAGGACGGACAGCGGGAGCGUCUGCAACCACGCGCAGGAGCAACGGCAGCUGCAGCAGCCCCAGCAGGGGAUGCAGGGGAUGAUUCCGAUGAUGGAUAUGGACGGCGCGCCGAUGAACACGUUGGGGUCGAUGAAUGGGAUGGUCAUGGGCCUGCCGGACAUGGGGUACUCCAUGGGCAUGAACGUGGGCUUCGGCGCUGAACCUCCCAUGAGCCUGGGGCAGGACUCGGACUUCAUGAGGUGGCUGGACUCGAUGGAGUGGGAGAGAAUGGACAAUUGGGGCAAGUUAUGA